GGUCCUGGUCACAGGACGCGGGUGGCCCUAGGCCGAGCCGCCAUGUCCUUCUAACCAAUCAAGGAAUGGCUGCGGCCGGAGAGUCAGUGCCAGGGGUUGGCUCCUACUUCAACAGCUGGCUGCAGCGAUGUAGGGAGUCUAGACGUCUUGUCCUCUUCAUUGUUGCCAUCGCCCUCCUCCUGGACAACAUGCUGCUCACUACAGUCGUCCCCAUCAUCCCCGAGUUCCUGUACGACAUCCGCCACCCCAAUGAGAGCAAGUUGUCCGAGUCUCUGGAGGAGGGCGUGGCUCCAACCCUCGCACCCGGAGUCACCCUCAGCCCCUUGUCGCUCAACUCUUCCGACAACCCCAUGGAUAAUGCUACGUUAAGACAGGAGUUGAUGCGGCAACACCGCCACAAGGACCUGAUUGAAGAGACUGUUGCUGUCGGGAUCAUGUUUGCAUCUAAGGCCUUCGUCCAACUUCUGGCUAAUCCGAUUGUCGGUCCCCUCACUCACAGGAUUGGAUACAGCAUUCCUAUGUUCACUGGUUUCUUGAUCAUGUUUUUAUCCACAAUAAUUUUUGCGUUUGGACGGAGCUACACUGUACUGUUCGUCGCCAGGGCGCUGCAAGGAAUUGGAUCGUCUUGCUCUAGUGUAUCAGGGAUGGGAAUGCUGGCUGAACGCUACCCUGAUGACAAGGAGAGAGGUAACGCCAUGGGCAUCGCUCUAGGUGGCCUUGCCCUGGGAGUGCUGAUUGGACCCCCAUUUGGAGGAUUCAUGUAUGAAUUUGUCGGGAAAACUGCACCAUUUCUCAUUUUGUCUGCACUUGCACUAGGAGAUGGAAUCCUGCAGUUGCUACUGCUGCAGCCAGGAGUGGUGAAGGCUGAAGUGGAGCCUCCUUCUCUUAAGUCCCUGGUCACUGACCCCUACAUCAUCAUUGCUGCUGGUGCCAUAACAUUCGCCAACACUGGCAUAGCCAUGCUGGAGCCAUCCCUUCCCAUAUGGAUGAUGGACACUAUGGGGGCUGGUAGAUGGAAGCAAGGGGUCACUUUUCUACCUGCCAGCAUAUCUUACCUCAUCGGCACUAACCUCUUUGGACCUCUUGGGCAUCGCAUGGGAAGGUGGUUGGCAUCUUUGCUGGGGCUUAUAAUAAUUGGAAUAUGUCUGAUGUGUAUUCCACUGGCUCGCAGUCUGAAGCAUCUGAUAGUGCCCAACGCGGGGCUGGGCUUCGCUAUAGGCAUGGUGGAUAGCUCCAUGAUGCCAGAACUGGGCUAUCUGGUGGACAUUCGACACACGGCUGUGUAUGGAAGUGUGUACGCCAUCGGCGACGUCGCCUUCUGUCUUGGGUUUGCAAUCGGCCCUGCAAUGAGUGGAACACUAGUAAAUACCAUAGGUUUUGAGUGGAUGCUGUUUGGAAUUGCAAUUUUGACUUUUGCAUAUGCGCCACUCAUGUGUUUCUUAAGGAAUCCACCGACCAAAGAAGAGAAAAAAUCACUUGUACUGGGCGAAAAAUCGUCUGUCCGUUAUGUCACAUACCAAAAUGAAGAAGACGAUGAGUAAACGACACAACUCAAGUCAAUGGAAGAACUUAACAAUCUGAUAAAAAGGGACCAGGGGGUACCUAGUCAUUUGAAAUGACUAAUAAUACUGCAUUAUUUUGAAAUCAUAUCAGAACAUAUUUUUAUAUAAUUUGCAUGGUUCAUGCAAGAACAAUCAAAGCAAAUGUGAUAUUGUAAGAAACAUGUUAUGUGCUUGGUACCAGAUAAGGGUGAUCAAAAAUGUUAUACAACACAAGUUUAAUUACUUGGAAAAUUUAAUAACUUCUGAUUAUUUAUGCUGAAAAUGAAAAAAAAACACAUAAAUCUAGAACAUUAAUGAAAAUAUACAUAAACCUAAAAUAUACAUGUACAACCGAUGAGUUAUAGAGUUACAAACAUUUAUCUUUGGGUAAAGUGAAGAAAUAAUGGAAGUGCUAAAAUAUUUAAUACCAAUUUAAGAUGUCACAGUUCAAUGUCACAGUACUUUUAUUUCAUUCAGUGAAGCAUUGAAAUAAGCCUAAUGCAAGUCUUUUUUUCCUCAAAACAGUUACUGUAUUAAAUGUUAAGAUAGCAUUUACAUAUCUUACAAAAUCUCUCCUCAAAAAGCUGGAAUGCCAUUUGAAUACCAGGUACCAAGCAAAUAACGAUAGCUGCAGGACCGUUAGAAAUUUAUCUACUUAAUUCACAUUGUUUAUUUUCAUAUUUGUUUUACGAAGGGAACAAAACAUGGUACCAUGACAUUAAAAUAUACGAAGACAAUAUGAUAUACAAUAAAUGCAGAAUUUUAUUGUUCAAAGAAUAUCUGAUACAGAGUGAUAGACAUGCAUUUAGUCUUUUUAAAUUCUAAAUUCUAUAGAGCACUCCUUGGCUAAAGGUUUUUGUGAAUGGCUGCACAAAACCUAUAGGAGAGGAACUCCCCAAGGUCGGAUGAAAAUGUGCUCCAUUCGGCACCGACAAAUGUAGAGAUGCAAUGAGAUACAAACACAAGCGUGAUCUAUCGCACACCGACCGAGACUUUGGAUACUCUUGUGCAACUGCUGCCUGAAAUACUAUUUUAUGAAUUAUUUAAAUAUAUAUAAGAAAUAUAUAUUAAAAUAUAGAUUACUGUCGGAUCGUUGCCCGUGAGGGAUGGAAGCCUCUCAGGAGUUUUUGCCACUUUGAACGCUGUUACAUGAUAUGAGCCGCUGACAACUGAUAGUAGGGGCUUUUCCAUACGAUAGUUUGUCAUUUUCAAUAUUCCAAUAAGUUAAAUUUGUUUCAUGCAUGUUAACUCAUGAAAUUGUCAUAUUUCAAUGUUUAUUAAUAAUUUAUAUUACAGUUCAAACUGGUUUCUGUGUAUAUAUUUUUAAAUUACUCUUUUUUGAGAAAGAUACUGACAAAGUGUAUGACGAGAGGUGUGUAAAUGCAUGGGUAUGGCAAUAUCCGCUAUGUACAGUACCGUAUAUUAAACAUAUUGUAACAUAUUAUUUAACGUUUCCUCACCGGCUGUCUGACAAUAAGUUAAGCAUGAGGAAUCUUGUCUCUAUCUCAUGAUAGUAUAAGCUGGUUUGGGUCCGAACAUGACUUGCCAUCCGUACUGGGAGGCUGGUCAGUCUAUCUACGUGUCUAGCUGAUUAUCUCUAUUCAUGUACAUCAGUGUUCUGUGGCAAACCGUGUCAGCUUCAUGUGUAAACGUGGUGCAAUAAAUGGUGACAGAUUUUACCAUA